CGGCUCUAGUUUUUGUUUGCUGCCUGUGCUGCUCACUUCCUUUCAUUAUUUAAUAAGUUGUCAUCAGCUCCUGCUUAGCCCUGUGUUCCUCGCCUCUGCAGUCCGAAGUCCUCGCAAACGUGCAGCAUCCCUCUUCUCGUAGAGCCAGGAGUGGUGACCUCCCAGGUGAAUGCCUUCAUUGGUUGACGCACCUCAUUCCAUCCAUUGCCUCCUCUUGCCCCGAUUUCAAGUCUCCGUUCCUCUUGUUCGUCAUUGCUUCCCAGCCCGCACCUUCAUUUCGCCGCCAUGGCAGUCGGCGUGCUCCCCGGCCAAGUGAACGGCCGGCUGCAUAAAAUGGCCCUCGACACAGCUACGGAAGCCGUCUCGUCUCCAAUUGAGACCCCGCCGUCCCCAGUGGCCAGACAAGACAGCUUCUGUCGACCAUUCUUCUGGGAGGUCGUUAGCCUCUGCGAUCUGUACUCAGUCGUCCAUGUUAUCCUACUCCCCAGCCCGCUACGAGGCUCGGACAGCGCGCUGUCCCCGCGUAACGGCGUGCGCAGCACCAACGGAGUGAAUGGCCACCGUCCGACCUCGCACGCCCACGCCCCGAGUCGCUUGGCUGCCGCACUCGCGAACCUCGGCCUUGGGCCUGCCCACUGGACCGCCACUGGUGUGUCCGUGUUCACGGCCGUUCUUCCAUCCACUGGUGGCUAUGCUAGCCGUUCCGAUUUCCUGCAGCUGCGCCUUCAAGAUUUUCCAUUCCCCAUCUCCAAAAUUCACGGAUGCGUCGAUGCGUUGAAGAAGUACACCCCCGGCUGCUUGUCUUCCAGCAUUGUCAACUCAGAAGACGGCCUGGCUAGCUUGAUCGAGCAGGCGGCAGGCGUCAUCCAGUGGGCAGACCUCGACACUUCGGUGUCCAUCCUCGAACUGCAGCGCUAUUUGCUGGCUGUGACACACGAGUUGCGCGACCGACUCGACAAUGCGCCCUGGUUCACCUCUCAGCCCAUUGCGCGUAAACGGAUCGCCCUCAUCAGGGGUCGACCCAACCUGACCGCGGGCGGCCCCGUGUACCGCGCGGCAAGAGCGUUGGGGCUUGACCUGGUGGUAGUCGACGACGAAGGCCACUGGCUGCAGCCCGAUACCGAAGACAACAGGAUGCACCGCGAAGCUUUCCUCGCCACCGACAUGACCGAGGACGCUGGGGUUGUCAGUCGCAUCAUCGCCUCUAUCAGGAGCUACCCCCUCCCAAUCCACGGCGUCUUCACCCUCUCGGACAACUUCUUCGUCGCGACUGCCCGCGUCGCCGAAGCCCUCGGCCUGCCGACAAGCCCAGUCUCCGCCUUCGAAACAUCAGUGGACAAAUACCGCUCGCGCCUCCUGCAAGACGCCCCCGGCCACACCGCGCGCGUCACCUCAGUCGCCGAGCUCGACACCCUCCUAUCCCCAGCCACCAACGACCCCAUCUUCACCCCGAAAUACCCCCUGAUCGUCAAGCCUACCAAGGGCUGGUCGUCCGAGUGCGUCUCCAAAGUCACCCACCCGUCCGACCUGCCCCUGGCCGUCGCCAAGGCCACCGCCCGCCACGGCAGCGCGGCCGUCAUCGAGCCGUUCUUCGACGGCCCGGAGAUCGACGCCAACUUUGUGCUGCUCGACGGCGAGCUGCUGUUCUGCGAGAUUGCCGACGAGCCGCCCUGCCAGGCCGACGCCGCCGCCGCGACGGUGCACGCCACCUUCAGCCCGGAGGCGCUCACCAUGCCGAGCGCGCUGCCCGCUGAAGAGCAGGCCACAGCGAGGGAGACGCUGCGCGAGAUACUGGUGGGCAUGGGGUUCAGGACCGGCGUGUUCCACGUCGAGGCGCGGGUGGUCAACUCAGCGGUUGAGUAUCGGGAUGACGGCGAAGGCGUGGUGGACUUGGUGCAAAAAGAGACGCCCCCGCCGGAGAAGGCGGCGUGCAAGCUGGUCGAGAUCAAUGCGCGCCCGCCGGGAUACCGCGUGAGCGUGCCGUCGCGCCACACGUACGGCGUGGACUACUUUGCCGCGCACAUGCUAGCGGCGGUGGGCGACGCCGAGCGGCUGCGGAUGCUCGCGCGGCCGUUUGACCAUGCGCCCGAGGGCAGGACGCGCGGGGCGCAGUACUGGUCGCGGCUUGUCUAUGUCCCCGCGCCCAGGGAGGGCGUCGUCCGGUGGCCGUCCGGGCUGCCGCCCUGCGAGGAGCUCAAGCGGCGGCGGCCGGACCUGAAGGACAAGAUUGUGGUGGCGGUCGACUACUGCGUACCUGGGGACAGGGUCGGGCUGUACACGGACGGCGCCAGGACGUACGUGGCGCAUUUGCUGGUUUGCAGCAGGGUGAGCCGGAGGGAGGCAAUCAUGGUCGGCGAGGAGGUGCUGAGGGCGUUUGAGAUUGAGGUGGAGGAUAUCUAACUUUCAGCUUGGUGGCAUGGAGGCUGGUGUUCUCUGAGUUCUGUCUGGCGUCGCGAUAAGGAUUUGACUUUGGCGCUUUGCUUGAUAUUGUAGUUACCUAGGUACUUAGAUGGUGCUGUUUCGACUAGACUGCUCUUAGAGAAAAUAAAUGUCACAAUCUCGCAACCAUCGUC